UACGUAGAUACGUAGAUCUACGUAGAAAUACGUAGACUUGGCAUCGCUGUCUACAAUAGUGGGAUCCGGAUAAAAAAUAUUGGGUUUCGGAUAAAAAACCCGAUUGUCCCGCUAUUGUUCUGUUAUACUGCCCAGAAGCGCGAAUAAGAAGUCAAUUUUAAAGAAUUGGACCAUUUUUUUGGUGCGUGUUGGCUGCCAGAAGCGCGGAUUAGUUGAAUAUUGAGCUCCACAAUGUCCGACAACGACGACUAUCUGUUUGCGCUAAAAUUGCAACAGCAAUUAAAUGAAGAAUCGCCGGAAAGCAACAACACCACAAACCAAGCCAGCAAAAAGCGUGUGACAAACGAGCCGACAAACAGUAGCCAAGCGGACUUCGAACUGGCAGUUCAAUUGCAGGCUCAACUGAAUGCAGAGUCCGAUGCUGAUUCAGAAGACGACGGUGGCUUUAAGGGGUUGCCAGGCGCAAGCGGUGCCAGUGACUUGGACUCAAGUAUUCAGUUUGUCUACUCCGGCCAGACAAAUGCGGUGGCCAAGGCCAAGCCAUCAGCAUCAAGGGGGGAGAGUGAUUACUUGAAUCAGACCCAAAAUCUUGUGCAUCCUGAAUGGGAGCUUAUAGAUCCUACCCCAGAUAUUUCAUCCAUGUUUGUCCAAUUUGAUGACAAAUUCUUUCAAAAGCGUUUGGGAGCUGUGGUCAUAGAGUGGAGCAAACGCAUGUAUUCUUGUGCUGGCAUCUGCUACCAGCGAGGCAAUCGCUAUUUCAAGGAAAUAAUAAUACGUCUGAGUGAGCCACUGCUGAAGCUGCGGCCACGCAAGGAUCUGGUCGAAACAAUGCUGCACGAAAUGAUCCAUGCCUAUUGCUUUGUGCUCAACAUUCGCGAAGGUAAUGGUGGCCAUGGACCCAACUUUAAGCGCAUUAUGAACACCAUUAACAAGGUGGCCGGCACGAAUAUUACUGUAUACCAUACAUUUCAUGAUGAAGUCGAUGCAUAUCGUACCCAUAUCUGGCGCUGCACUGGCAUUUGUCAGAACCACACCCCCUUUCAGGGUUGGGUUAAGCGCACUUCGAAUCGGGCACCCGGACCCAGUGACCAAUGGUGGGAGAAGCAUCAGCGUGAAUGUGGUGGCACAUUCAUGAAAGUCAGCCAGCCGCCGCCGCCAAGCAGACCGGCCAAGGAGCCAGCCAAAUCGUCAAAGGGAAAGAAGGCCAUAAGUAAUCAGCCCGCCACUUCAUCAUCCGAUGAUAUACGCAACUAUUUUGAGAAACCACCGGCGAAAAGACCAGCUUUUGGAGUGUCGUCCAGUGCAAAGCCAGUUAGCCAAUUGGCUAGUAUAGUGCCACCCUCAUCCUACCCUGGUCUGUCUUCAGAUCCCUUUGCUUUGCCAAAGCAAACGGCAGCUGCCCCCAAAGUUUUUAGCUUUAGUGAUUUUACCAAUGAUCGUUCGCCGACAGAAGUACGUGGCGGAAAACUGGGUAAUGGAGUUUUCGGCAUAAGAUCCCCGCCCCGAGAGAUGUCUGGUCAGGGUUACACAUUGGCCAACAGUGCAGGAGACAUUGAAAAUGGUAAGACCCCCGAUCGUUCACAUCUACGUCAGCUUUAUUUACGACGCUUUGGCAAAGAUCCCCCCGAACCCGAUAUUAGCAAGAAAACUACCGAAUCUCAGCCAAAAGACAGCUCUAAACCAGAUGCAGAUACAUCUAAGACUAACAAGAAGCGUUCGCGUGAGUCAAACGAGGACGAUAAUGAGAUUGUAGGCUGGGAAUCCUAUGAUGAUGAUAUAAUGGUGCGUGAUGUGGUUGCGACUGUGAUAAACAUCUCAGACAGCGACGACGAUGAUGAUGAUGACAAUGAUAAGAAGGUAAAAAAGGAGAAACCCAGCCAGGAGCAAGUUCCUUCGCCUCGAUCAUGUUCGCCCAUCUCUCGUAAUCUGCCAAUUAGUAGCCAAGAGCGUACGCGCAACAUAAAACGCGAGGUCAUGGCCGAUGAAUCCUUGCGCUUCAGCGAUGAAGACAUUCUUAUGAUUGAUGAUGAAUACGAUGAUGCUGUAGAUCGCGAUGAUGAGAAUCUGUUGGCCGCCACCGAACUAGCCGAUCAGUCCAUACUUGAUGAAUUCUUUGGCGAAGACACUUUAAUUCAGGAAUAUCAACGGGAGAAUGAUGUGAUACCAAGUGGAUCCCGUUACCAUCAUAAUGUGAACAAUGACAUUGUGUCAUGUCCCAUAUGCUUUGAGAAAAUGAAACGUUCACAGUUAUCGAAUCACUUGGAGGGCUGCAGCAUAACCAUACGCAUAGAGCCACCUUCAUUCAAGCCAAAGACAAUAGUAAAGCAAGCGAAUACUAACACCAGCAUUAACACCUCCUCCACCAAAAACAAUAGUAGCAAAGCCAAUCCAUCAACCAAAACUAAAUCCCGCUCUAGUGGAACUAGUGCCAAAGCAAGAGAUAACAUUGAAGCUCGAAAGGCCAACGAUAGUAUUCGUCCUCGAACUCGUUCAGUGACCCUGCUGUCAAGUUCCGAAAAACGCAUGACACGGCAAUCAUCAAAAAGGGAAAUCCUUAAGCAAUCGGGCUACACCGAUCGAGAGAUUGCGGAAUUGAAUCUGAGCAGCUCAUCCGCCAAUACCAGUUUCAGCGACGAGGACCAGCAGUUAACUCCACGACAGCGUCGUCAACGUAAUCUAUUUAAAAAGACGACACCAUGUCCUCGGUGCGGACAGGAGUUGAUGGGUCAUCAAUUGGAGGCUCAUGGUAAACUUUGCACUAAAAAACGUCGUUCUAGAUUCAAAUAGACUGGAUCCCAGACAGAUCCUCCAGCUCUCUUCACCUACAUUGUUCCUCCAUCAUGGCAGCAGAUGCAUAAUUCAUUUCCAUGGUUUUAAAUUCACAAAAAAAUGUGUUUGAAUAUAUUUGUAUUACUAUUUUUUUUUUUUUUGUUUCUAGAUUUAAUGUGUAAGAAUAAACGUUUAGAAUAUGCGACCGAA